AUGCUCACCUUGAUUGACGACCACGAUGACAUAGCCGCCACAGAGGAGCCUGGCAGACGGCGUUUGUCGUCAAGGCCCAAGGUUCGAGACCGGUNNNNUUUGGCACUUGUUGACACUUAUGAGACAAUUCUGUCGGGCGUGCCGAACUACCUCAGUGUCGCCCUCGCUCUGUGGCGGAUCGCUGGGAUAAAGGCCGUCGGCAUCCGCUUGGACAGUGGGGACCUCGCGUAUUUGAGUAUGAGAGCACGAGAAGUGUUCUCUGCUACUGCUGAUGCUUAUGCUAGUGAAGGAUUCCAGUUUAUUGCAAAAUCCCGUAUAGUAGCCUCUAAUGAUAUCAACGAAGCGGUACUGCUAUCGUUGCAUGACCAACCUCAUUCUAUCGACUCCUUUGGCAUCGGCACCAACCUGGUGACAUGUCAAGCCCAGCCGGCGCUGGGGAUGGUAUACAAGCUGGUUGAGCUGAACGGUCAGCCUCGGAUGAAAUUAUCGCAAGAUUUCGAGAAGCAAGGCAUACCGUCGAGGAAAGCAGUUUAUCGUUUGUAUGGUCAGGACGGCCUGGCUAUUCUGGACAUAAUGCAGGGCGAGGAGGAGCCCGCACCACAGCCUGACAACAAGGUCUUCUGUCGUCAUCUGUUCGACGAUCAGAAGAGGUGUUAUGUUACCCCUAAGAAGGUGGAGCCUCUGCUGAUUUGUGUGUGGAAAGACGGGAAAGCGAUCCAUCUUACGUCUUCCCCCCGUACUAAGGAGAAUGAUCGCCCUGAUAUUCAUAGCGCUAAAGAGCAUUUUAAGGAGACGAGGAAUACCUUCAGAAAGGACCACCUUAGACCCAUUAAUCCGACACCGUACAAGGUUAGCACUUCUGCUGAGUUCUUCGAUUUCUUCCGUCGUUUCUGGCAAGAGACCGCCCCCGUUAAAGAGUUUUCGUAGAUUCGUACGUACUGAGGAGUAGUGGGAAACUGUUGGGGUAUCCCUCUGGGGCGACCUUUGGCCGAGAUGUUUAUGUAUGUAGUGAUAUGAAUAUGUUAUUCCAAUCGCUGUUUCACCCCUCUCCGUGAAGAUCUUUUAUGUCUCCUAUACGAAGACAUCAGAUUGUCUCAUCGCCUCAAUACAGGCCCUACUGUUACUCGAUUAUCUGC